CUAGUACAUCAUCUGAAGGCACACUCCAUAAAUCCAUAGACGGAACUUUUGUUUUUCGUUCACAGAAUCCACUGGUGUUUGAUUUAUGUAAAAUGAAACGGCCGUAUUUAUCUGCGACAAAUGGAGGACCCGACUUCCAUCCAAGACAACAGCUGUAGAUUGCUGCCAAUAAACUUAAACUUGGCGGAACACGAUUUAGUAACAUGAUGACAGGUUUCAAUUUACUCAAUGAUUGUUCCAUUAAUCAAAAUAUUACGGGAGAAAAAACAAGCCAUUAAUCUUGGGUUCACAACAAAAAAAAAAAACUGUAGAAAGGACCGCAUCACCUGAAACAUUUUUCAAUCUACAAGAAAGAAUUUUUUUUUAAUGUUAAGCAUUAUUAAAUAGUACUAUAAGAUAUAGAAGAAUAACAUCUGUAUUAUUACUGGUCAAAGUAAGCUGUCCACUCCACACAAUGCAGAAGAUUCUCUGAACUGCUAAUUGUAGGGCAAUAAAACAGAAUGGAAAAACUGAGAUUAAAAUAUCCAAGCUGUAACUAUAGCUGAGUUAGGGACGAUUUGUAAAUCAGCUGUUUAGCCAAAUUCAGCUUAAUUUUCCUAUGAUUCAGAGUUUAGUGAAUAAAUUCCUAUUGUAAAUACUGAACACAGUAAAUAAUGGAUUUCACCAUACCAUCACAGACCAUGGUAUACCUAAGGAAUCUGUUUAAUGCUUAAAGCAAAAAGUAUGUGAGUCCCCAGCAAUAUAGGGUCUAUUUAAUAGUGAACUGAAAAUGUGGCCCAAAAAAGCUGACCUGGAAAAAAAAAAUUAAAUUCUUAGUGAAUUUGUUACAAUUCAGGGUUCAGUGAACAACCCUGUAAAAAGAAAAAAUAUACAUUAAUAUCAAUAACAAUAUUGAUUGAUACUGUUGGUGAAGAGUAAGGAUGUAUUAAAUUAUUAGUGAAUUGACAUUGGUUAAAGGGUUACUCCAAAACUUUUAACUUUAUAGGUUUUUCUUAUUAAGCAUGCCUUAUUGGGCAUUGCUAUUUUACUCACAUUAUAGAGUCAAAAUUAAAUGGACCUGCCUUUUGAGUUUAGUUCAACUGAGCUAAAGAAACAGGAAGUAACAGGACCAGUUGUCUGAUUGACAGCCAUGAGGGGGUGUAACAAGAUUAAUUUCUAAAAGAACCAAUUUCUAUAGAAAUCUGCACUUUGUAAAAUGAAAGAAAAACAGGACAUAUUCUUCACAUAUGAAGCACUUCAGGAAAUUGAAGUGCUUUAGGAGUCUGGACUGUCCAUGUAAAGAUUAAACUUCUGUGAAAGUCGCAGCCAGGCAAAGCUUAUGGCACUGGUUUCCACGCUUCUGACGACAUCAAUGCUGCCAACUCUUGGUCCAAUCAAAUCAAAGAAUAGCAUCUGACUUAGAGUUCUACCGGUUUAGAGCGCUCGCGCACACUCUGAGCCAGGUAGGGGAGGGCGGUAAUUUUAUAAAAUGAAUUAAUUUACUAUGAAUGCAAGGAGGUGAAGAGGGAGUACAUGGAAGGUAGGGAAGAUCGCGGCUUCACCUUCCACUCAGCGUUGCAAGAGGACAAGCUAAUUAAGUGUAUUGUCAGCACACUGUACAUUUUGAAGACAGACAUGAUUUUUACACAGAACAAAGUGCCAGGGGUGCUAGUAGCCCUGGCAUCAAAGUCCAGAUAUAUGUAUAUAUAAAGGGUUUCAAGCAGAAAUGAUGCAUAUACAGAUGUCAAUCACCAUGACCACUUCUAAAAACAGAAGUGGUCAUGGUGGUUGGAGUAAACCUUUUAGCAUCAAUUAACAAGGAUGGUAGCGCCGGUUAGAAAGGAGGAAAGAGGACUGCCCAAAGAAGGGGGGUUUGAACGCAGGCCAGGCUGAAUGACAGCCUGUCUGUCAAGUCCCACUCAGGGCAGACUAGGCACAAAGUGCGUAAUUCCCUCCUAACGCCCUGUCAGCAUUUUGUAUAGCAAACAGUGUCUUUUGACGUGCCCAAACUCUGCUUAUUGGGGACACUUUCUUGGUUCUCCAAAAUGCAAAACACUAGGGACCUAGCCCAGAGCAGCGGGCACAGGAAAACGAAUUCAGGGCAGUCCUACCAGAUGCAGGAUAAUUAGGCGUUAUAGACGGACCGCUGGAUAUAUAGAUAUACAGAUAGGUAAACACGGCUCCCUCCCUAUCCCUUACAGUCCUUAUACCUCUGAUCAGGGUUAUUCACUACAGCGAGAAUUUAAACCAAAUUUAAGACCAGAGUACCCAAACUAAAAGCAUAGCGGACGCUGACGAAGAGAUUUAUUUUCCGGUAUUUUGACCUUACAUUUCAAAUUCACUCUAAAUUCUCACUUUACUGAACAGCCCUGUCUGGAGGCUCAGUGCCUUACAAGUCACAGAGUUUUGUUUUAGAUAUUUAACAAUAGUAUUAUAUAACCACAAAUACUGAUAAUUCUGCAAUCUAUAUUCUACAAUAUACAGCACAAUCAUACCAAUGGCUGACAGGUCGCUAAUUCCUUCCCAUGCACAGUCUCUGUGUGUAAAGAAGACCCAACAUGCUUUAAUACAUGUAUUUAGGGCAUGAGCCAGCUCAGCACUUGCCCACUUUGCCCACACUCAACAUGGCCGACUUGGCUUCCGCCAUCUGGCACUUCCGUUUCCGGUGCACCCUGGAUCCUAUUCCGGAGGCAGAGGGUGAAGCGGCUGCAGGAGAGCGGUUCCCGGGCGCCGAGCUGCGGUGGUGACUGGCGGAGAGUGAUGGCACUGGGCUGGGGCUGGCUAUGGCGGUGCUGUGCCCAUCGGGCCGCCUGCCAGGCCUGGGGCUCCCAGCCGGCAGCAUGGCACACAGGAGCCGCAGGGAAGGUGAGGGCAUGGUGGGAAGGUCACAGGGUCACUGACUGAGCUCAGCAUGUCUUUCAUUCAUUAACUCACUGGGAUUUAAGGCCAGAGUAGCUGAGCUGGAAGCAUAGGUGGCAUUGGAGAAUCUUUCCAGCUCAGCUAUUUUGGCCUUAAAUCUGAAAUUCACUUUGCCCACACUGUUAAGGGUUAAAUAACCUUUUAUUCGCUUACCCGAUAACAGCUCCGAGAUCCCUCGGCGCUGGGUCACGAUCCCGCCGCAUCUUCCGAUGGGAGACCUAAUGUGCAUGCGCGGCGAGCACUUGCGCACGUUAUCCCAUUGUACAGCUCUACGGAAUUUGAUGGCGCUAUAUAAAUAAUAAUAUACUAAUAAUUAGGCAUUCCUGAUAGGAAAGCAUUGUAUAAAUUAUUUUUUGUUGGGGGGGGGAGGGGGGGGGUUUCUGACACUGGACAUCCUCGUGCGGAGCGUGAGGACGUCCAGCGUCAUUUCAUGGAUUCAAGCUCCAUGAAAGUUGAGGAAGCGCCUCUAGUGGCUGCUUGUUUUACGUUGCAGGAUUUAGUGUGAAAGGGACACUGCAUUUUCAACUUCAGCGAGAUGAAUUGGUCUGGGUGCAUAUAGCGUCCCUUUAACCAUGCUGGUAAAAAAGAACAUGUGGGCGAGACUAUAGGCUUAAGCCAGCGCAUAAUUUACCAGUCCUGGGAUAUGUAUCUCUGGGAGUCAAUAAUAUUUUAUUUUCAUUGUGCCAGUAGAUUCAUUGAUUGAAUGAAUGGAGGACAGAGCAUGGGUGAUCGCUUGGGCUUCAGAAACUCUCAUCACUAGAGUUCAUUGUGAAACAGGCUUUUAACAUUUCCUAUUUCAGAGUAAAAUGGUAAAGGAACACGCACAACAUCAGGGUUGUAGUACAUUAUGUAAUAUAAUUAUAGUAACUUUUAACUAGCAUGUUGAGAAUUGAUUUUAGUUUAUUCAAUAAAGUGUUUAUUUGUCGUGAAUUUCAAAUUUUAACUCAAAAUAUCAUUAGACAAUAAUUUGAAGUCUGACUUAUUAGAUUGAUUUAGUCUCUUUUGGCUUAAAAGCUGAAAUUCACCUUAUCACCGUAUUCCUAUCAGUUCACACUUUAGUGAAUAACUGUGAGUAUAUUCCACACCUGUUUAUGUAAAGCUUACUUGCAGUGCCAACCUAGCCUGGGUAUUGGGCAAUGUCAAGGAAGUAUUGCAUCAACAACAUAUACUUAACUAGUUUUACAAUUCCAUGUAAUGUAUUCACUGCUUCAGGGAGAUUGUAAAUGUGCAGUGACCGCUUACAAUGAAAAUCUUUAUAAUUUGUUUUACGACUUGGUAAGAGCUAGGCCGAUAAACCUCCCAACGUGACCCUUGACUAACAGCAUAACACAAAGAUUAACUCCUGGGUGUUCGCAAACAGAGGACUUUGAAAACCUGUCAUUACACUAGAGAAGUAUCCUAUCUACAAAGGUUUCCUGAUAACAUUUACGGCAAAUGCUCUAUGCUAGAAAUUGACUCAAUCACUGGUGUGCUACGUGCAGAUAUAUCUUGAAUGUUUAGGGCUCCCAUUCUUUACGUUAAAGUGCUGUUUAUGUGGUCUUCUGCAGUGAAAGAAAGUGUCUCUAAAUACAUUUUGAUAUUCUUUAUUUGGUAGGCUGUAACAGGUGCUCUACAUCUAUUUAUCAAUGUUUAAAAUAAAAGUAAAACACGUACACUGUUAAUAAUAUUAACUCUCCACAUUAAUAUUUAACAAGAGGUUAAAGGACCACUAUAGUCCCAGGAAAACAUACUCGUUUUCCUGGCACUAUAGUGCCCUGAGGGUGCCCCCACCCUCAGGGUCCCCCUCCCGCCGGGCUCUGGGGAGAGGAAAAGGGUUAAACUUACCUUUUUUCCAGCGCCGGGCGGGGAGCUCUCCGCCUCCUCCCUUACGGCUGAAUGCGCACGUGCGGCAAGAGCUGCGCGUGCAUUCAGCCGGUCUCAUAGGAAAGCAUUCAUAAUGCUUUCUUAUGGAUGCUUGCGUGUACUCACUCUGAUUUUCACAGUGAGAAUCACGCAAGAGCCUCUAGCGGCUGUCAAUGAGACAGCCACUAGAGGAUUUGGAGGCUGGAUUAACCCUAACAUAAACGUAGUUUCUCUGAAAGAGCUAUGUUUAUUAAAAAAAAAGGGUUAACCCUAGCUGGUCUGGGUGCCUAGAGUGGUCCUUUAAGAAGGACCUAUUCAAAAAAGCUAAGUCUAUUCAAUUGGUACCCAAAAGUGAUACUUUGCCAUUUCAAAGGCAUGCAAAGCCUCAUGGGAGUUGUAGUUCUGCAACAUCUGGGGAUCUACUCUAGUGGAUACUGAUCAAGUGCCCUGACACCCCCAAUCCUGCUUAUAUUUAAAGGGACACUGCGGUCACCAUAACAACUUCAUCUAAAUGAAGGUCAUGGGGCAUACCCUUACCUUAAGGGUUAAACAGUUCUCAAAUGGUUUAACCCCUUAAGGACACAUGACAUGUGUGACAUGUCAUGAUUCCCUUUUAUUCCAGAAGUUUGGUCCUUAAGGGGUUAACCCCAAAGGUUGCCUCCAGCAUUGAUCUGCAGGUCCUCCAGGCAGGAUCCGGCUUCUGAAUCUGUUACAGGAAGCAUAGAGUGCCAGGACAGAGAGUCUCUGAUUGACUAGAGCAGUCAGCCGACGCUCUAAGCCAAACAGUAGCUCCCCGUUGAUAAAAAGGUAUGGAAGUUCCCAUGCUCAAACUUUCGUUAGCUCUUCUGACUUAAGCCGCAAUGCAUGGCUUAGCCCAUUGAUCGCACUAAGCCAAUGAGCUAAACCCCGCUGUACUCUCCUAACCACUUAUUUACCAGUCAUUGUACUUUGUUGAUAUAUACUGGCUAGUUUAAUUAAACCCUCCAUCAUUCAAAAAAGUUGUGAUGGGUAUUAUCUUCUUUAUUCUGAUUGGCUAGAUUACUUUAGUCUGGACCUUUUUUUUUCUCUCUGUUUUUGCUAGUUAGUCAUAACCUCUGUAUUUGUAGGUGCUCCACUCUCGGAUGAGAUCAGCGCAGUUCAUCCAUCCAAUGAGCUACAACUGGCGGUAAGGAUAAGACCCAUCUUAUUGUGUUUCAGUUGCAAUUAGGAACUACAGUGUGAAUACAUUUUGGCAGCUCUACGCAGCAAAAAUUUUCCAACCCCGCUAUCCUGGCCUGAGAUUUGCAAUUGUCGGUUCUUCACCAUUUAGUAAAUAAACCUCUUCGAAUGGAAAAACGUUGGUUUAAAAUUAUCGCAUAGGAGAAGAGGAGAAAUAAAAGAUUCAGUUUUGCUGAAGUUUGUAUGGUGGUUGUUAAAGGGGCACUCCACUCCUCCCCUGUUCUCCCCCCCCUAAAAAAAUCACUGUUUAGUAGAUAUAUCCCCAAUGUAACCAUUCAUGCAUUUAUUUUAAUGGGGGAAUUAUAUAUAUAUAUAUAUAUAUAUAUAUAUAUAUAUGUGUGUGUGUUUGCAAAAGCUGCAGAUCUCUUCUCUAAAGGCUUUGCAAGCCACCCCCUUCUUUCUCAGCUUAGACUUUCUGUGGCUGUCCAAUCACAGACUUCCCAGUGAGAAGUCUUUAGAAGGUAGGUGCUCUGGGCAAUUGCCUGCCUCCACUGAGCUAACCAAAUCAGGAAGUAACAGGACCGAUUGUCUCAUUGACAGCCAAGGGGGUGUAACAAAGUUUAUUUAUAAAAGGGGCAAUUUCUAUUUAAAUCUGCACUUUUUGUAAAAGGGGGGGAAAAGUGGACAUACUUUUCACAAAUAAAGCACUUCAGCAAGCUUAAGUGCUUUAGGUGUCUAGAGUGUUCCUUUAACUUAUAACAGCUCACAGCUUAGCACUGGAAUGGCAAACCCUAGCACUGCGGGCUCAGCUGUGCAUCACGGAAUGUAGAUCCCAAAUCUCUAGUGUGCCAAUAUUGGCAAUGACUUGUGUGUGUGUGUGUGUGUGAACAUUUAUAUGUGAAUAAUUCGUUCCACCUUGCAGUGCAAGUAAAUAGUCCCUUCUCUUAUGUAACAGAGCAUCUUCCAGACUUUUACACACGGUACCCAGUUCAUGCUGCUACAGCAAGACCAACAGCGAGGCUAAGUACAAAGACCCAUUCAAGCUUGGAAGCAGUGACCUAAAGUCUCUCUAUGAUGAUAUCAAGAAGGUGAGGAGUUAUUCACGUUAAUUAUUGGGACUCCUUGUUUGUCUUUUUCUUUGAAAUUCUUCUGCAGUUCUAUUUGUUUGAUUUUAGCUUUUCCUUUUAUAUAUUUUAUUUAUUUAUUUUUAGGAGCUGCUUGUAACAACCAAGGAACUGAAAGACAUGUGUGAAUAUUACUUUGAUGGGAAAGGGAAAGCGUUAAGACCGAUGCUGGUUGUGCUAAUGGCACGAGCAUGUAAUAGUCAUUAUAAUAAUUGUAGGUGAGCUGACUUUUAUGAUUGUACAUUGGGUAGCUAUAUUUUUCUUCUUUUUAGUGCGUUGUUUUUAUUUAAUCUCCCCUAGAAUCGCUCUAAUCAUGGGAAGAAUGCUAAAAGUAGAGAAAUCUGCUGUUGAGUAUAAUUAUUUUUACACUAGGACUUUGCCCUAUAAUUCCUAUUAAAUUGAAUUUGUCAAGACAGGUUCAUCUUAGCAGAUAACAGCAACAAAUAGAUAUAUAAUUUAUCAUAAUGCUCGUCCAGCGUACCAGUGCAGCCAUGGUACCUGUUACUUCUGCAUAAAUUCAAUUUACAUUUUUUUUGUCAUUUAGUGCAUAGAAUCCUGUAUCAUGACAUUUACACUUUAAACAUAAACCUUUAAAUGGACUCUGUAGGCACUAUAACCAAUUCAAUGAGAUUAAAUGGUUAAUGUUGUCUGGAAUUCUCUGGCACUGUUCCACCAUUCAAUGUUAAACUAUUUUUAAACAAUUUGACAGUAAAUGUUUUUUUUGUUUGUUUGUUUUUUUACCAUCUACAUCCCGCCCCCCCUUGUGUAAGUAUAGCUAAGGCAGAGGUUACACACUUGCUUCUAGCUACACCAACUGAUACCAGUAAUGGGCACUGUGAUAGGCUGAAAGUGGUCAGCUUGCACUUUCAGCCAAUCACAGAUUAAUGCUUCCUUGUUAGCCCAAGCAGCACACAGGGUGGAGGUUCUGAUGGGGCCCUCUUGAGCAUUUGAACAUUAAAAACGUUUCAAUGCUAAAUGGAAGAACAGUGCCCAGGGGCUCCAGAUACUAUAACUACUUCAAAGAAACAAAGUACAGUGCAUACAGUAUCCCUUUAAAAUGUUGGUAAAGUGCAGCAUGGUAAUAAUUUGCCAUUAUAUUUUAGAAACCAAAAUUAAAUUAAGAUUUUCACGUUUUGAUUAAAACCUUUCCUCAGCUAUGUGCAGUUUUAGCACGAUAUUUUAAACGAGCAAGAGAAUGUGAAUACAAUGAGACCUCUUUAUAUGACUUUAAAUGUCCAUAGCAGUGUAUGUGCACAUUUGUUUGUGAUGAAAAUAAUUAACAUGUGUUGUAUAUUUAUGCAGAGAGGUGCAGCCUGAGCAGCGCUCUAUUGCCGUUAUAGCAGAAAUGAUCCAUACGGCUAGUUUAGUACACGAUGAUGUCAUUGAUGGUUCCGACUCGCGAAGGGGCAAAAAAACUGUUAAUCAGAUCUGGGGUGAAAAAAAGGUAAGUUAUCAGUUAUCGAUGAGAAUUCCAUUCGUCAGUAUUUGUCCUUUACCUUUACGUCUGAACACUUUUUAUGUUACAUAUCUAGAUUGUUUGGUGUGUUUUACCAUGAGUUCUAUUUUGUUCGCAUCUGUACUGUUUUAACAAUGCUUAUAACGACUGGAGAGCCCAAAUUAAAUGGAUAUGGAGAUAGAUAGAUAUAUAUAUAAAAUUUCUGAAUAUACUGAUACCCUUUAGAGUUUGAGAUCCAGUAUGUUGACAUGCUUCUGUGGCCCUGUAGGGUUAUUAACUCUCUUGUCUGUCUCUUUAAGGCUGUCCUUGCUGGAGAUUUUAUACUUUCUGCUGCUUCUGUAGCUUUAGCAAAGAUUGGAAAUACCACUGUCAUCUCUGUACUGUCUCAGGUCAUUGAAGAUUUGGUGCGUGGUAAGUUCUCAAUAUUUACUUUAUUAAAUUAGGUUACAUAGCUGAAAAGAGACUUGCGUCCAUCAAGUUCAGCCUUCCUCACAUAUGUUUUUGCUGUUUAUCCAAAAGAAGGCAAAAAAAAUCCAGUCUAAAGCGCUUCCAAUUUUGCAACAAACUAGGAAAAAAUUCCUUCUUGUCCCCAAAAUAGCAGUCAGAUAUCUCCUUGGAUCAAGCAGCUAUUACCCCACUAAUUAGAAAUUAUAUCCCUGUAUGUUAUGUUUUUGCAAGUAUUUAGCCAAUUUCAGUUUAGACAUCUGUAUGAACUCUGACAAAACCACCUCUUCAGGCAGAGAAUUCCAUAUCCUUAUUGCUCUUACUGUAAAUAAAACCUUUUCUUUGCCUUAGGUAUUCUGUUGAUGCUUUCCUUAGCCUUUUACCCUCAUAGAAGCAACAUUUGAAGAUAGAUGAUAGAUUUCCUGCCAGGAACUUGCACGGUUGAGCAAUCUCAGUGAUGCUGUGGAUGUGACCAUAACGAUUUUUGAAAAUGUUUUGCUUACAUUUUACCAGCAUUAAAGGAACACUAUAGGGUACACAAACAUUGCUGUUUGCAGUGACGAGUAACUUUCAAGUUACUUGUCACUUAUAAAUAGUAUACGGCUUGGAAUUUUAAGCCAUGAUUGGGUGAUAUAAAAGUUUUUGGUUUUUUUCAGUGUUUAAUUGUUUCCACAUACAUUAGGUGUGGCAAAAAUAGCUAGGUAAUAUCAACUACCGUGUGUAUUGGUAUUUGUCGGGUACAUAACAGCAUUUCUGUGACUAGAGCUUUGUAUGAAUGCCACCAGAAUGAUAAAACUGUAUGUGGACAUAAUGGCCACAUGUAGUUUAAUACAUUUGCACCAAAGAUCUUUACUGCACAUGGUAUUGCAAGUAGACGCAGCAGCCUGCAAAGAAUCCCUGUAGUGUACUUUGCAUGUUCAUUUAGCCCAACCUGCUGGUUGAAUGCAGAACUGAAGUUUCACCUACAAAAUUUGGAUGCCAAGGGAUAGAAUUAGGCAUUGGAUGAAAAUGUAGUUUGUCUGAAAAAAUUAGUGCUGAAAGGACCACUAAAGUCACUACCGUCUUGAAGUGGUGUGGGUGUAGUGGUCUUGGCAUUUUUAACCCUGCACUGUAAAACAUUGCAGGGUUAACACACUUCUAGUGGCUGUCUUCCUCUACAACAACUGAGUAAAACUUGGUCGCGUGAGGUUGUCACUUUCCUGCAGAACUGGAUAUCAACUCAAGAGCUGGAUGACCUCACAGAAGGCAGAGCGAAACUUUGGCAAUGGAGAAAAGGUAAGUAAAAACCUUUAGAUCUGCAGAAAGGGUACUAAAGAUUUUUAUUCCUAACGCUAUAAUGUUCCGUUAGACUAUGGGAAAUAAAAUUGAGGUUUAUGAGCUAAAGUUUUUGAGUUACUAGACAGCCACUAGAGGGCACUAACCUGUUCAUAGCACAUGAAAAGUGUGCUAUAGCGUCGCUGAAAUCCCUGUAGGAAAGCAUUGAAAGCAUGUUUCAAUGCUUUCCUAUGGGGAGGUCUAAUGUGCGUGCGCGGCAUUGCUGCGCAUGCACAUUAGGUCUCCCCCGCCGGAUGACGUCAGCGGGGGAGGAGCGUGGGCAGACCUUGACCUAGCGCUGAGGGACAUCGGCGCUGGAUACAGGUAAGCAACAUGGGAUGGGGGAUGGGAGGGAGAGGGGACCUGCAGUGCCAGGAAAACGGUUUGUUUUUCUGGCACUGGAGAGUCUCUUUAAGGUUUUGAUUGCAGACUGAGAAUUUCUGCUGGACAGUGUAUAAUUUUACCCUUGCUGUUUCUUUCCAGGUGAAUUCUUACAGCUUGGUUCCAAAGAGAAUGAAAAUGAAAGAUUUGCUCACUACCUCGAAAAAACCUUUAAGAAGACUGCAAGUCUCAUAGCCAACAGCUGUAAAGCAGUAUGUACGUUCCACAUUUUCUAUAGUUUAACUCUUGCACAGAUCGGUUUUAAGUAUACUAUUUAAAUGGGCACUGUCAUUAAAGGGACACUCCAGACCUGUAAAGCACUUAAGCUUGCUGAAAUGCUUUAUGUGUGAAGUGUGUCAAUCAGACAACCGGUCCUGUUUCUUCCUGGUUUGGUUGGUUUAUUUGCUCUGAACUCAAGAGGAAGCAAUAGCUCAGAGCACCUGCCUUGCAAAGACUCGUCAGCUGCACUGGGAAGUCUGUGAUUGGACAGCCACAGAAAGUCUUGGCUGGGUUAGAAGGGGAGGGCUUGCAAGAGCAACAGAUAAGAUAGCUGCAGGUUUUGCAAGGUUUUUUUUUUGUUUUUUUUGUAGAUAUACCACCAAUGAAAAAAAAUCAUAAUUGGAUACAUGCAUGUUUUUGUUUGGGGUAUAUCUAGUAAACUGUGGUGUGGUUGUUUUUUGGCAGUGGAUUGUCCCUUCAAAGCUUAUCCACCCUUUUUACUGGGUGGAGUAUGUGUUAAUUUUGGUGGCAAAUUUAAAUUUUAGUUUUGACUAAAAUAUGACUAAAACCAUAAUGGCUUUUUAGUCAAAAGACUAUGACUAAAACAAAAUCGAAAUUUGCUGCCAAAAUAAACACUGCACAGAGGGGCUGGGGAAGGGGCAAAAUAGACAGACCGGGGCUUGGGAGAGAGACACCUAGAGGGGCUGGGAGGGCACAAAGAGACACAGAGGGGCUGUGGAGGGGCAAAAGAGACAGAUGCAUUAAACACAUUAGAUUUUAGUUAAAGUUUUAGUCGUAUUUUAGUCAUCUGAAUUAUUUUAGUCGACUAAAUCUCCAGAACAUUUUGUCUCUUUUGCCCCUCCCCAGCCCCUCUGUGCCCUCUCGGCCCCUCUAGGUUUCUCUCGCUCCCAAGCCCUGGUCUGUCUCUUUUGCCUCCUCCACAGCCCCUCUGUGCAGUGUUAAUUUUCGCAGCAAAUUUCAAUUUAGUUUUAGUCAUAGUCUUUUGACUAAAAUACCGUCUUAGUCGUAUUUUAGUCAUCUGAAUUAUUUUAGUUUUAGUUGACAAAAUUAACACUGGGUGGAGUGAUUUGGGACAUGGUCAGGAAGUUGGGUAUUACAGAAAUUAGGUGACUUCAUAAACUGUUGAUCGCUGUUUCUGAAAUUCAGUACGUGAUUUGAUAAACACACUUUCUUAAAACCAAUUAUUUGAAUACAUAUUACAUAUAUAAUGCAUAUUACUGCUAAUUAUUAGUUUAAUUAAGCUAAGUAUUGCAGUGAUACCUGUACAGACUGCAUAUUACUAGUACUAUUGCUGUUUAAAAUUAUGAUAUUCUUACACAUCUAAGAUUGCCAGAUCCACCACGUCUUCGUGGACAAACCUUGUCUUUGCAUCCUGUUAAACGGCACAUGGAAAGAGCUUCCCUCUAGUCUAGUAGGUCGAAUUCACAUGCUGCAAGAGCGAAAUUUGUGUAUUUAAGGGAGCAUUUUCUACUUUUUAUUUAUUUAUAUUUGCAAAUACCAUUCAAGGUGACCUGACAAUUUCCAUGGUGAAGCCCAGUGUAAAAUGGGGGAAUACCUCACUUGAUUUUAUCUAUGCUUUUCCCUCAGUUACAUCUUUAGUCCCUAAUGAAAUAAUAUACCGGAAACCUGUGUGACAGGUGGCAGGACGUGGUGACAGCCGCUGUUUGAUGAAGCUCCUUUUAUAAUUGUUCCAAAAUAUUACAAGUAUUCUUUAAAAUAAAAAAAAAUUAGAAAGCGCUGCGUUCAUCAAGCUGGAGCCACUGGCCUUCCUGCGUUCUAAAUAUCCCUCUUCCAGAACAUGAAGUAUAUAACGUUUCUGGGAAGCCCUUUUCAUGUACCUCACGGUAUCAUGUAUGGAAUCACAUGAUGCAGUCACAAUGUUAUUUACUGUGUGAUAGUACAUUCCAUACAUUUCUAUGAUACAGCUGUGUAACUCUCGACACUUUUCAUCUCACUUAGGAUGUACUCAAACAACUUUAUGAAAAAAAAAAAAAGAAAAAAGGCAAUUAGUGUUAGAAUGCAGUCACAAAGGGAAAAACCUUUACUAUUUAAUUUUUGUUGCCCAAAUACAUGGUGGUUUUAUGUGACUUCCAGCAAUAUGUUACUAUUGAUUUCUGUUUCAAGGACCUGAAAACUGGUGAAUGAAAUAUUGCACAGCUUGGCUUCCUAAAUGUGAGCUACUCAAUAUACUAAAGAGAUGCUCAUGUUAGAAGACAACAAAUUAGUUCUUUAUAGCCUGGUUCGUGAUCGAUUGAUCUGUAUUGACGACUUUUACCUUAUCUCCAGUUGCCAGACAGCUGGCUAGCUCCCAGUUAUCUGCACAGAACCAAAUUGUUGGAGGACAGAAAUUCAAUGGAACAGUUAAAACAUUAAUUUCAAUCUAAUGGCAUUCAAUACAUGUUUGGGUAAACCUUUGCUUUCUGUACACAUAGCUAGACUGAUAUUUGUUUCAGUGUAUGGCAUCCAUGCCCCCCAUAAUAUUCUUUUCUUUGUUGUUUAGGUUUCGAUCUUGGCAUGCCCUGACCCGAAGAUCCAUGAGAUUGCAUAUCAGUAUGGGAAGAACAUAGGUAUAGCUUUCCAGGUAAACAUUAACAUGGAGGAAGUGGUUUUUAUAAGAAGUUGAUGGUCCCCAGAAGCACAAAGUGCUAGACAAAAGGUAGAUUAUGUGCCAUGUCUACGAUAGUUCCACAGUAUAGUCCAGUGAACUGGAGUCGAUGUAAACAGGAUGCAUGUGAGUGGAUACCCCACAAUUAGUACAGAAACUAAGUAAUUCUAGGUUUGUGUCGCUGUGGCAUUAUAGGCACAGAAUUGACUGUGCAAGUUCUGCAACCUUCAGGACUCUGGUCGAGUUCCUCCCAACAAGUACAAUUUAAUCAGAUUGUACAUUUCUAACCUACUAUUGUAUUAUAAACACAUUACAGCAGGUGAUACAAAUGCACUGGCUCACCUUUACUGCAAUGUUAACCAUCUUUAUGCUUCUUUCAGCUUAUAGAUGAUGUGCUGGACUUUACAUCUUGCGCUCAUCAGCUAGGGAAACCAACAGCUGCAGACCUUAGACUGGGACUUGCAACCGGUCCCGUUUUAUUCGCUUGCCAAAAGGUAAAUCUUUCCUAUAUAAUAUUAUUAUUAUUAUUAUUGAGGAGGGACCUGUAAUGUCACUAGCAAAGAAACAGAUCCACCACCUUGCAGGUGUAUUGAAUUUAUGUAGGUUUUUGCUGAUCCUUUUAUCUGUAAAAUCACAUGCAGCCGUCUAUGAACUGCCUUUGCAAUCAUGGAUUUAAACCAUAAGAGACAGAAGGGAACAUGUAAACCAUUGACCACUGAGAGUCAUUGGAGCCAAUGAGUUUUAUGACAUCGUUGUGAUACUCUUCUUUCAAACUGUCGUGAAAUUAUUUUAUUUGCUAGUUCUGUAUUUUCUACUGUGAAACCUGCUUUUUACAGAAAGCAGCUAUACACUGUGGGAAAAGGAACUUGCAAAUCAUAUUCAGCUUUUGCUUACACUGUAUUUUCACACACACAAAUAACAUGUUAAUCUGUGUAUCAAUUUUCUUGCUACAUUUCCUUUCUUUCUGUCUAUUGGAAUGAUCAACCUGUGCUUCUCAACACACCUCCUGAUAGUUAAUUUAUAUUCUAUAAAUAUCAUAAUAAUUCCCAUGUGGUAAGAGGGGAGGAUGCAAGAGCUGCUUUUAUAGGUUAAUACUAAUGUUCCACUCUUUUGCUUUCUAUAGUUUCCAGAGUUAAAUGCAAUGAUAUUGAGAAGAUUCAGUUUACCCGGAGAUGUUGAACUAGCAUGGCAGUAUGUGAGUGAGGUAAGAAUUCUUUGAGGAGUGUGGAAUACGUUUAAUAUUUGACUUCAGGGUUUGUUUAAAAAGAUAUGUGAACCACACAUUCUCUAAACAAUUCAAUCAAUGUUAAAGGUAGAUCUGCUAUGCUUAUAGCAUUAUGCAGUUUACAAAAUACCAUGGGGGGGGUGGUUGGCUUUUUUUCUCUCUAUACGCCCAGAGUGUCUGGCAGGGAUCACGGUUUGUUCUAAAGAAACCAAUGUGCACUAUGUCAUGGCAUUUAAACUACGUUGGUCAAAGCCUGGCUGUGCUCAUAAAGCGCUGCUACUGGGAUAAGCACAGUGGGGCCAUAGACGUUUUUAGUGAACAUCAUAGGGGCUGGGUUAUUUCCCAGUUUGGUGAGAUCUCACUGCAGAACCAAGUCCCAAAGUAUAUAAAACAUGAUAAUCCGUCUGCAAUAUCUGUGGCCUGUGUAGUGGAUAAGUGCGGAAAGAAAAGGACAAAAGGGGAGUAUUAAGACAAAGUGCAUUUUUAUUUUAUUAAUAUUUUUAAUUCAUUCACAUAAUGCGGUAGAAUUGGUGUUUGGUAGCUUGGAGUGUCCAGUAAAUGUAAGGCAAUUAACAUUUGCCUUGGACUUUACAUGUAAUUCAUAAAGUAAGAUUAGUGCCUACCUUAAUUUAUUAACACUUUGUAAAAUGAAUAGAGGUUUAUGGUUUUAUAUGUGAUGUUUGUUAGGGUCUACAAGGUGAUACAUUCAAUUGUCUCCUCUCACCUCUCAGAGUGAUGGUGUUCGCCAAACAACCUACCUCGCCCAGCGUUACUGUACUGAAGCCAUCCGAGAGAUUAGCAAGCUUCAGCCGUCCCCGGAGAGAGAUGCGCUUAUUCAGCUAACAGAAACUGUGCUCACAAGGGACAAAUAACACCUGUGGACUUGCACACUCCCUGGCAGCUCCCACCAAACUGUGCCUAAUGCAACACUUUAAAACACAGCCAGCGCUACUUCCUGUGCAGGCCACCAAAAAAAAAAAAAAUCACUUUUUUUUUUUAUUUUAGAUCUUUAAAAAAGCUGUUGUCUACAUUAAAGUACUGUACUUUUUUUUUUUUUUAUCCAGUGUAAGCCAUAUGACUUAUUGAACAGUGGUAAAGAAAAGGGAUUUUAUUUUCCUUAGGGAACAUUUUAUAAUAUGUAUCAAAUUAUCAAGGAGUUUUUAUUUUAAAGACCCAUAUAUAUGCUUACUCACAAGUGAGCUGGUGAGUUGAGAAAAAGUUUGCAAAAAGUAAUAUUCAUAGUUUGUGGUUGUAACAGAAUUUGAGUCACAUCUGGAAUAUUCUGAGAAUGAAUUCAAGAUGGCAAAGGGAGUAGAGAUAUAGCCACAGCUCUAGUAAAUUAUGGUAAAGGUGAAAUUAAAUUUAGGAGGAUUAUUCACUAAAGUGUGAUUUAUUGGAAAUUCAAGGCACAUUUAAAAUUUUAGAAUAAAACAACCUAGGAAUAUUUUCCAGUUUGGCUUUGCGGUCAAAUUUGGAAUGCAGUUUGCAUUCCUGAUGUUUUACAUAUAGCUGCAUAUUGGCUGACUGUCAGAUCAAACGCUGUAGAUUUAGGAGUGUCCAGGUCUGGCACAAAGUCAUGGUUCCAUUUUAUAGGCAGUAAAUAUCUAUACAUUGAGUAUUUCAAAGAGACUGGCCUAUUCCUUUAUACACUAUUUAACAGUGCAGUAAAUACUGCAUCUAUGGAAGCUGGUUACAGCCAACCCUUAAGUGCUGGAAUUGCUUUCCACAAUUCUCAGAUUACAGCUGUAUACCAAGGAUUGUAGGAUGCCACAUGCAUUUGUCAGCACCAUGCCUAGAUUAAACGUAUACCUACCUUGUCACACAUUUUUGUAAUGGCAGCUCAAGCAAUCUUGUGUACAACACAGUUGAUAGCCUCUCCAAAAAUAACGUGUCUAUUUUUUUUUUUUCUCCUUUAUUUAAAAAAAUAAAACCCGUUUAUGUACCUGUGAUGUUACACACACUUUAAAAUAAAUGUAUUAAUUUGCAUCUCUACAUUAUGCUAGCAAAUGUGGAGUAAAAGGCAAAACCCAAGUAAAAAAGAAAAUUAAAAUUAUAUACGUCAUUCACCACAUUUCAAUCAAAUAUUCAAUGUUUUUGAUUUACCUCCAAUGUACUUUUAUGGAAAAAUUGUGUUAAGUUUACCAACAAGCCAGCGAUAUGUGCUGUUAUUUUAAUCCGCAUUAAAUCCCUGGCCCGGGCAGUCAUUGCAUUUUAUUAAGUAAAAUAUGAAUUUAAUUGCUGGAUGCAAGUUACCAAAUCACUCUGGCACUCGAUUGAAGUGAUGUUAAUUUGUAUUUAUCCCUUUUCCUUACUAUUGCUACUGUAUAAAAUGUACCAUUACCUGUGCUGGAGCAGCCUGUGUUGUAUUUGGUUGGCAUAAACAAGCCUUGUUUACAUUGGUGAUAGACUUGUGUGCAGAGGCCACCAUAAGAAAUAAACCUGAUUAAUGUAUCUGGUAUUGUGUGCUUCGACAUCUUCAUGUCCCAUCUGUUGUCGCCAAACUUUGUCAACAAUAAAUAUACACUUUUUUUAUGCAUUUUUUUUUCCCCUUUCACAACUGGUUUAGAUCUAAGAAACACUGCCAUCUUUAUUACGUAGGAGAAUGGUUUAUUAUAAAAGACUGUACAUAAGAUUAACAGGUUAUAUACAAAUGAAAUUGUCCAAAUCGAAAAUAAACACUUAUUUUUAAAAAGUUUUUAUAAUGUUUCAAUUCGUAUAACGAUAAGAAAGCAUGGAAAUUACAAGUGGAUAGAAAGAAAAAAUUAAAUUUCACAGCAAAGCUCAGCAUUUAAAAAGCAAGACACCAGUUUGAUACUGCCAAAUAUAGCAAAAGGGAAUCCCUUUUUAUAGACAGUUUGGGAUCUAGAGGGCAAAGUUACCAUCUAAUGGCAGUUCUGGUAUCAACUGCAAAGCAUGAUUUGCUUUUUAUCUUUUCAAAUCAAUGCAAAAGUAUAUUCCCCCACAUUUGUUUUUAAAAUGCCUAUUUGAAGCCAUUAGCAGAAAAACGAAUUAAUCUGAUAUACUACAUGCAGUGUUAGACUGUUCAGUGCAACCUGUUCAUGCAGACAUGAGUACGGAUGGGUGAAGCCUACCACCAGAAAACUAUUGCAGUUGAAAAAGAGCACCUGUGAGAAACCUCGAUCUAAAAACGAGGAAAUUCCAUUUUGUGAAUUAAGUUUUGCAAAACACGUUUAAAAAAAAAAAAUAAGUCACCUCAUCUCCCACAAAGUUCCCGAAAAAUGAAAAACUCCUUUCCCCAUGUCCAGUUAGUCAGGUGGAAAUUUAAACGUCAUGACAAUUUGCCACUGAAAGCAAGAAUUUGCAGUGCAGAUACAACAGGGUUUUCCUGCCCAUCCCUAAACAUUAGAGUAUCCAGAACAGUCCCCUUACACAGCAGAGGGUUUGAAGGAAGAAGGGAAAAAAUAAGCAGAUAUCAAGUGCCCUAAUCCAAAAAGUUUUCUGGUGAACAGUUAUACGAAGAAAAAAAAGCCGACAUAGCAAUGGCACUUACUAGACUACAACUGGCAUCAUUCUCCACAAGAUCUAUGCUACCUACCCUCCAUAUGAACACAUGAAAUUCAUAAAGCCGCCCGCCCUCUUACAAAAAUAAGAAUCUGGAUACUUUUGGCCCAGUUUGCUCCAAAGUGGAGACCUUGGCACAUUAACCGGUCCCUUAAUGUAGUAUAUCUGUGCUAUUUUAAUGCCUGGUCACAAACAUUUUGGAAUGUUUAACAAACGUCAGUAUUUCACCAUUUAACGUAGCAGUGCAGGUUUUGUGCGUUUAAGAGGGGGUUGGGGAAAAAAUGUCUACAUACUGUAUAUUUCCAUAGACAUUUUACACUGUAUUUGAUUUAACUCUGAACUGAGCCUGUAAUGACCAACUCUUGAGAUCUGAGCUACAUAUUUCCUCCCCAAUGAUGCUCUGUUCUGCUGGCCAACGUUUUGCCAUCACUAGCCUAUAACCUUUCACCAGCAGUUUAAUGAAUUGACACCUGCUUUGUACAUAAAGCAGGAAUCUUUGAUAUGCAGGUUCCACAUUUAAAUUUGGACGUUAACUCCGUUUUACUAAACCUGAGCUCUCCUAGGUUUGAGACUAUAGUUGCAGGUUAAUUUGAAAUUAUGCUGAACGACUGCAGUAUAAAUAUGAAUUACGGCACCUGAUUAGCCCGGAUUUCAUUAAACUGUCUAAUAGUUUAAUAGAAGCCAUGUUGUAAAGGUGUGUUAAUCAAAUGAGUGCAAAACAGAGCCGCAGCAUACUUCUUGCACUCAAGUCAAAUCAUAUUGUUGCCCUUGUUAGUGGAAUUUUUAUUCUUGCUUUCUUCCCAAGAAAUGUGACUCUGACAUGUACUGCUGUCAAUUAAAAAAAGGAAAACUGAUGGGUGGUGCUAAAUAGAUUACAAAAGACAAAAAAAAAAAAAAAAGAUUUAGGUAGAGAAAGUAGCCAUUUUGAUUUAUUACCAUAUUUAUGCUGUAUAUGCCAACCUCUUCUGCCUCUCCGUCCCAACCAGCAGUGUUUUCCAUUUUGUUCCUAAUACUUCGCUCAAGGCACUUCUGGGAUUCGCAGUACAGCUGUUAGCGGUCAGUAGAAAUACAGUAGCGGUUUAUACGGUUAGUAGAAAUUCCCAGAAACACUGCUUAUCCACAAGGCCUCACUUAUGGAUUCAGUACACAGAAACGUUAAAGCGGCUUUGUUACUUUGCAGGUUUUGCAUUUAAAUUAAUCUUUUUUUUUGUGUGUGUGUGUAUAUGUAUAUGUAUAUAUAUAUAUAUAUAUAUAUAUACACAUACAUACAUACACAUACAUAUACACACACACACACACACAAAGUAGCAACUAUUUUUCUAACAGGGAAUUUGAUCUUUUGGAAUUGGCAGUUGCUAAAGCAAAGUUCCACUAAUGUUGCUAAUUUACACACAUUCCAUCAGUCAAAAGAAUCUCAUAGAAUGGUAAACUUCCCACAGCAUUGAGAACAAAAUGGAGGCGCCCAUGUUUUAAGGUUCAACGCAGGGAAGGAAAAAAGUAUAUAAAUGAAGGCAAGUGGCAAAGAGGGGAGUAUAUUCAUUAAGAUACAAGAGGCAUAAGGAAAAUAAAACAAGGGCAAUUAAAAAUACGUAACAGAGCCGCUUGAAAUAUGAAGAGAAACUAGUCACUUUUUUGUCAGGAUGAGCUCGGUGCAGAAGUGCAAAGUUUGGAGAUGUUGUGCAACCCAGUUAAUGAAGGACAAUUUAGCAAAUACAAAACAUGGGCUCUCUCUACAAACUUUUUUAAAUACUUUUUUUUUUUUUUAUCAAAGUCCAAAAUAUGUCCUUGGUGUAGUAUUUGAACGAUAAAACAUGUCGUACAGCAUACUAGCAAUAAAUCAACGAUUCAUUUAUAUUAAACCUCAGAAAGCAGUUUGUGACAACAGUAAUAGGAAACACUACUAUUUAAAAAUCAAAGAAAAGUAUUUAUCAGAAUUGGCUUUACUGUGUGAGCAAUUAUUUUCUUUUCGUGAUUGGAUAUACUAUAAGCGCCGCCCAAGUACGUCAAAAGCCUUUUUUUUUUUUUUUUUUUUCAGAAUUUAAAACCAGAAAUGUACAGUCCAUUAAAGCAGUUAUGUAUUCAGGAAAGUGAUAUUCAAAAUGGUUGAAUAAAAGAAAUGCAUACAAAUUACAAAAUACAUUUUACAACCAUUUUUUUUUUUUUUUGGAUUCACAAAUGGACACUUUAAAAGACUUCACAAAUCCUUGAAUAUGUGAGUACUCAUGGUAAAUGUUACAAUAUAUUGGAAGCAUUGUGGAUUCUUAAAAAAAUAUUUCAGUACAUAAGUUCUGUAUGCAUGCUUUAAACAAAUUGUUUAAUAAUUAGAAUGAGCGAUUAUCUAAUUAAAAGGCAGUACGACCAGCGGUAGUAGCAUUAAAUUAUAGUCCAAAUGUUAAUGUUCGUCUAACUUAGUGUUAGUUUCCAUGCUGCACUGAAAAUAAAAAUGCAAUGGCACACGAUGAAUUCAUUAUUAAAUACUACACCCUAUAACCCAAUGGAAUAUUUACGCUGGUCAUUAAAAUCAACGACUGAGAAGUGAAUACAGAAGCAGAAACAACUGGCGCCCCCUGUUGAUACGACUGCAAUUGGUCUUUUGAGGCUCACGAGAAGACAUUCCACCAUAGCACAAAUGCCUGUGCCCUUUCGGCGACAAAGAUGUGCGCAGGCGCCGAAUAGGUUAAAAGAAGAAGAAAAAAAAAAAACAAGCCACGGCUUUACACAUACGCAGACGUUACUUCUUACAAUUAAAUUUAAAACCAGAAUAGACGUGUUGUACUGAACUCAAUGUUCUCUCUUUAAAAAAAAAAAAAUUAGAAUUCUUUUUAAUCCGCAUAGUGCAUGAUUGUUUCAACAUAAUUCCCAGGAAAAAGGCCGGUUACACCAUUGGAAACUCCUUCAUACCAGCCAUCGUCAUUCUUCUUGAUUACGUAAAUGAUUGAUCCCUCCAUGAAAGACAGCUCAUCAUCCUUAUCCUUUGCAUAAUCGUAAAUGGCAACAACUAAAAAGAUUUUUAAAAAAAGAACACUUAAGGUUAGGUUAAUAGAGGGAUAAAAUAAAUAUAAUUUUCCCACCCAAAAAUACACUAUUUGACACCCUCCUUCCCCAAUUACCAGGCCUUCAGGAACAAGGGCUAAACUAGAGUGCCAUCUCUGAGUGGCACCUGUGCCAUAGGAUCCCCAUCACAGUUCUGUAGUUGUGCACAGU